AGUAUGUACAAUAAGUGAAAGUAUAAAUAGGAGUCUACCUACAGUAUCAUAAAAUUUUAUACAGUUAAAGAAUUGAUCGAUCGGUCUUUUGAUAAUAAGAAGAUAAAUAUUUUUAAAAGUAUUGAUCAUAUCAACGUGUAACAAAUUGUAUGAUUCGCAAAACGUCGUUUCUUUCGAAUUGAUCAUUAUUAAAAUGAUCGAUGUAUUUCUUCAAUCUGACAUAUUUUUUAUACGUUAAAAGUAUCGGUAUGGGUACCCUACAACAGCAAUCAAUUUUGAAAGGUCGUCAAGUAAAUAGGAACGAAGAGGUGGAAUUACUUCACAAAUUAUUCAGCGAAACAGCGUGUAAACAUGUUGAUGAUAUUGCCAUCAUUUUCGAAGAUGCUAACGGCGAGGUGCGAGAAAUGACUUAUAAAAAAUUAGACAAAUUAACGAAUCGAUUGGCAAGAGCAUUAGGAAAAUAUGCUGAGAAAAUUAGAAUUGAUAGUCAACCAUUGGUAGCCGUUUGUAUGAGGCCAACUGAAAAAUUACCAACAAUUUUAUUAUCGAUAUUGAAAUCUGGCAUGGCUUAUUUACCUUUGGACCCUGAAUUCCCAUCGACUAGGUUGAAACACAUCUUGCAGGAGGCUGAACCAAUUGUAGUGAUCCUCGAGAAGGAAGCUGACAUAUCAUUGUAUACUGGGACGAUAACGAAAACUUACGACCAACUAUUCGACGAGGCUCGAAUCGAAAAUGACGACAUUUUGGAAUAUGAAGAGAAUUCAAAACAAUUGGCGAUCGUACUCUAUACUUCCGGUAGUACAGGAACUCCAAAAGGUGUCCUGAUACGUCACUCAACAAUUUUGAAUCGAUUGAACUGGCAAUGGCGGGAAUUACCUUAUUGGACGAACGAGAAUCGUUGCAUCUUUAAAACGGCUUUAACGUUCGUCGAUAGUGUGCCAGAAAUUUGGGGUCCAUUGUUACAAGGUCGUACAUUGGUCGUCGUUCCCAGGGACGUAACGAAAAAUCCAGAAAGAUUCGUACAAACUUUGGAAAAGCACAAGAUUCAACGACUGGUCUUGGUGCCAUCUCUCCUACAAUCUAUGCUGAUGUAUUUUAAAUUACAGAAUAAACAAAACUCCCUGCCUUCUUUGAAACUUUGGAUCUGUUCUGGCGAGACGUUAUCGACUUCCUUAGCAGACCAGUUCUUUAUAACCUUUCAUGGUGAUAAUAAGAUGCUGGCAAAUUUUUAUGGUAGCACCGAAAUCAUGGGAGAUGUCACUUACCAUAUAAUGCACAGUCUUAACGAUCUAGAGAUAUCAGAGAAAAUACCUAUCGGCAAUCCUUUAGAUAAUUGCAUGGUCUAUUUAGUUAACGAGGAUAUGCGUUUGGUACCUCAAGGGGAAAUCGGCGAAUUACUAGUAGCUGGUAGAAAUUUGGCAGUUGGCUAUUUGCGAGAUCGAGAAUCUCAUCGAUUUAUGGAUAAUCCAUAUGCGAUCGAUCCAGAAUACUCGAGAGUUUUUCGGACCGGUGAUUACGCAAAAAUCGUCAAGGGAACGAUGAUAUACGAAGGACGUGUCGAUUCUCAAGUCAAAGUUCGGGGUCACCGGGUUGAUCUUUCCGAAGUUGAAAAAAUCGUAUCGAAAACGCCGGAAAUCGAUAAGGCCGUAGUACUUUGUUACAAGCCUGGUGAUUUGUCGCAGGCAUUACUGGCGUUUAUAACGGUAAAGGAGGAAACUAAGAUCAGUAGUAGGGAAAUCGAAGUUGCUUUACAAAAGAGAAUGCCACUUUACAUGCAACCGCAGGUUAUAAUCGUUAAUCACAUACCGCUUUUAACGAACGGUAAAACCGAUCGUCAGAUGCUCUUCAAACAAUAUGAAUCAUCGAAUCUCGUUAAUGAGAACGACGAAAUCGCUAAUUGCGAUUAUACCGGUGUAUCAGAAGAAGAUCUUGCGAAAGCCAAAGUAUUGUUUCCCACGAUUGCAACCGUGAUUGGUGCAAGCAAUCGAGGAACAGUAAAUUUGGAGGGGAACUUUUACGAACUUGGUGGAAAUUCCUUGAAUUCUGUCUAUACCGUUACAAAAUUAAGGGAUCAAGGUUAUUCCAUUGGUAUAACGGAAUUUAUCACGGCUAAAACAUUGGCCGAUGUUUUAAGACUAUUGAAGACCAACACCAAGGAAGAUAAUUUGAAAGAGAACAUCGACGAGGAGCAACGAUAUUUCGAAAUGUUGAACGAUUCACACAAAGAGAACGCGAUCAAGAUAAUCACAGAAAGUUUCUACUCGAAAGCCGAUUUAGAGCAAUGGUUGAUAGAUGACAUAAGCAGAGAGGAUUACCGAAUAUUGAUGGAAAAGUUAUGGGAGCCAUUGAUCGAAAAAGAUUUAAGUUUCGUUGUAAAAUCAUCUCAAGACGAUCGAGUUAUCGGCGUUAGCUUGAAUUUCGAUCUAUGGGACGAGCCGGAAGUUGAGAUUGACUCAAAAUUAACGAUAGUCUUUGACUUUCUCGAAUAUUUGGAGAAACCAAUCAGAGAGAAAAAAUUGCCGAAGGGAAAGGGACAGAUAAUACAUAAUUUUAUGAUGGCGACGCAUUCUGAUUUAGCGCCAGCGGAAAAUGUUAUAAUUAUAGGAGAAAUGGAAGAAUAUUGUUUGAGAGUUGCCAGGAAAAAGGAAUACGGUGGUAUAUUCACGACGAAUACGAGUCCCUUGACGCAGCAACUUGCUAUAGACGUAUAUGCGUAUGAAACGAUGUUGACCUAUCGAGUGAACGAGUAUAUAGCACCGGAUGAUUCAAAGCCAUUCGGUAGGGCACCAGACUCUCAAGUGGCAAUUUGCUCAUUGAAAAUGAUCGACUAAAAAGAUUGUUGCAAUUUAUUGCGUGUAAAUAGCUUAGAACUGCCCCUGUACGUGUACGAGCGACAUCUUGCAGAGAUUUUCAUUACUUCUUCAUGAAAUCUCAGUCACUUAUAUUUUUCGGUUAAUAUUUUAAAUAAACGAAUAAAUAAAUAUAUAUAUACAUAAAAAGAUCGCGAAUAAGAAAUAAUUAUGACAAAUGGGCAUCACAUUGAUUGUUAAGAUUAUGGAAAAAAAAAGGAAAAGAAAAAAAAAGAAAAAGAAA